UAUCCUAAGCAGACGUAUAAAUGUUAAUGUGAUUUUCGUUCAUGUCGAGUGGGAGUUACUCAUCAUUGAUGUCAUCGUCAUCGUGAGUGGGAUAUUAUUGCAUAUAUUGAUGUUGCAGAAAAUACCAGACUCGACUGCUAUUCACAUUGUGACGGGUCUUUUCCUCUGUCGUCAGUCUUCCAAUGAGCAUACCACACUAGAAUGUGUGGUUAACCUCUACAUUUUAACAAGCAGACUUAAGAAUUUCAUCUCAAGUUUUCGAAAUCGUUUAAUUGGUUAUUGACAGUUCAUCAGUAAGGAAAUAAAUUUGUCAAGAUGAAAGUCUGGAUGUCCGAGCACAUUUUUAAUCAUCCCUGGGAAACUGUAGUGGCAGCAGCAUGGCAAAAGUACCCUAAUCCUAUAACGCCAUCAGUACUAGGUACUGACGUUAUUGACAGAAAAGUUGUCGAUGGCAAAUUAAAAUCACUUAGGCUAGUUUCCAGUCAAUGGGGUUUUCCAAGAUGGACCAAACCACUGAUAGGCGACGCGAAUAUCUGCUACGCCAGCGAAACGAGCGAGGUCGAUCCAGCACACCGACAAAUGGUUCUGAAAACGAGAAACUUGACCUUUUACAAUUACAUCACAGUGGAUGAGACAGUCAGAUACACGCCACAUCCGAAAGAUGAUAAAAAAACUUUGCUAACACAAGAAGCAGUCGUCAAAGUUCACGGCGUCCCGCUCACUCACUAUAUGGAAGAUCUUUUGGCGUCGAAAAUUUCUUUCAACGCAAGCAAAGGCAGACAAGCAAUCGAAUGGGUGAUUUCGAAAAUCGAUCGAGAGGUUCAAGAUCUCGCCAACAGUGCGGCCAAAACUGCUGAUGAGUUGAUUACAACUACGCGACAUCAAAUCGACGACAUAACAUCCAAGACGAUGCACACAAUGGAUGAAAUUCAGAGCGCGGCGAAAAAGUCGUUCGAAGAGGUGCACGAUCUCUCGAGCCUUCCUCCGACUGCGUCGAUGCCAAAAUUAUAGCAGAGAUUCCGUACUAGUUUCAAUCUUUUCAAUUAAAGCCUUGCGUGCCCCCCACAUACGCUUUUUUCUCUCUGUCUCUUUCUUAGAAGGAAAGUUAUUACCGAAGCGUUGGGGAAUUGCAAUUUUCUCGUUCGAGGAAGACGACGAUAGGAUCCUUGGGAUAAUGGCCGAGUGUCAAUUUCGCGACUGAAUCUCUCUUUUACCGAGUACACACGCAUACACCCACUCUAACACUCAUGCACUCAUACGAAGGCUCGGAUCAUUCGCGUCAAAUAAACGUACUCGAUUGCUCGCGAAAAAAAGAGUUUUUUUUAGAUAACUAAAUUUUUUAUUUUCAUUUACAUGUAUACAUUUUAAGUGAAACUCUGAUUCUUGUCAGUAAUCUAUUGACAAUUUUUUGUCAUGAUUAAACCAUGAUUUGUGUGAUGUUUCUGAGCCCUCUCUACAUCCACAUCAAAAUAGAUAGACAUGAAAUGUUUUAAUAUAAGAAUAAGAAGAAGUAAUGAAUUUUCAUUUAUUAUUGAAUUGAAAACUAUACAACUUUUUUUUUAAUACCGAGACUCGAGAUGAUUACACACAAAUGAACAAAAUGCGAUAUUGAUUCUGUGAAAAGUAACAAUAUUUAUAAAAAUUGACGUUAUACAGUUUGAUGCUGCGCAUACAUAACUGUAAGUUCGUCUAGUUUUUCAAUUAUGCAAACAAUGAGCUGGACAAUCUCCUUGAUAUUGCAAACAAAGUAAUAAACUAUAUCUCCCAAGGAAAACUUAAGUUUUACUUCGAAACUAAGAUUUGUAGAUAAAUAAUCAUUGUAAUGGCGAUCAGGCUAAAAAUCAAGCAUAUUGUGACGCUGUUGAACGUUAAGGGCUUGGUUUAGAGUAUUUUCUCGUGAAUAUGAAUUAGUUAAUGAUUUUAAUCAUUUUUACAUCACGUCACAUGCUUCGCAAAUUUGUAUCUAAGAAUAAUUAAUUUUAAAUGUACACUGUUAUCAUCAUUAAUCAAAAGCUGGAAGGAAAAAUCAUGAGAUAUUGAUAAAUAACUUUGUUUAAAGCAUUAUUUGAAUGUCGUGUCGUUAAUGAAUUUAUAGAAAAAAUUUCGCUACAUGUAGCGUUUAUAAAACCGCGAAUCUAUAUUUUAAGUAUUAGCUAGCACGCAAAGUAUAUUAGGUCAAAUUUUUUAAAUAAAACAAUGAAAUUGAAAAAUGUUACGACUGAUUUAUGUAUAACAUAGUGUAGCGUCGCUUUUUACGAUGCAUUAUUCGUUUAUUCAAUUCAAUUUAAUUUAUUGUUGUAAAAGUACUCUAUACAGUGACUCCCAUCGAGUUGUAUCGUAAUAAUGAAUAAUUUGUAAUAAAUAUAAAUCCUGUUGAUUAAUGUGCAAUGAAA